UCAGUUCGUCCUUCGCUAGCGCACGAAACGAACGUUUUCUCGUAUUACGCCGGCGUGAGAUUAUACUAUUCCAAACUUCUCACCUAUAUAUGGGAUAUAUAUAUAAAUAGAUAUAUAAAUAGCUAAAUAUUUAUAUAUAUAUAUAGGUAUCGACAUUUAAUUCCCGGUCGAUAAUCGACGUGUUCUAACGUUGUCGACGACGUAGCAACCAAUCAACGUAUAUACAAAUUUGUGUAUAUAUUUAUUUAAAAAAACAAAAAACCAAAUAAAAAACUAAACGCAUUUAUUAACGCGUUGUUAAUCGAGAAAAUUAAAUAAAAAAGAGAUUUCUUACAUUCCCUUUUUAUAUUUCAAUCUUAUUCUGUACUGUUAACACUUGUUUUGUAUUUACUUGCAUUUUCUUUCUACUGUACACACGAGUUCCGUAAUAAAGAAAAACUUAUCUUGGAGAUCGUUAAAAGUGGUGGGAAUAAAAAAAAGUCUUAUAGAAUCGUAGUUCCUUCUUUUUUUUUUUUACGGUCACGUUGAUUUACAUCGUGAUGUACUGAGAAUGUUUCUCGUCGCACCUGUGAACGAUAAUCGUUGGAUCUACGCCAUGCACGGACUAGAGAAACCUAUGGAAUACGUGCCUGCCGGAGGCGUCAUGGCAGGAUCGGUGGCAACUUUGGCAAUAUUAUGGAUAUCCCUUCAAUCCAUGGGAUUACUUAGUUAUUCUAAUUCUAUGGAAACCUAUAAACUACCUGUUUCACUACAAAACUAUCUUACCAGCUAUACCGAUUUCUUUACAGGCUUGCCAUCUACAGAUACUACUCAAGGAAGUAUCAUAGACACAGGACUCUUUCAAAAUCGACGAUAUCCCAGGAUCACCGAAUCAAUGUUAAACGAAUCGGUGAAUUUUGCAACGACGCUGGUAGAUCGAUUGAGCACACUUGAAAGAAACAUCGUCAAUGCCGGUGUACAAUUUGAAGCUAAUAGCGUUGCCGGUAAACAAUAUAUCAAUUCGUAUCCUUCGGAAGAUGCCUUUGAGAAAGGCAUCGAUGCUAUUUUGGCUACGAAAGCAUCCAUGUAUCUAACUCAUCAAAGUUGUCGACGAUUUGGCCUAUCCAAGGAAGAAUGUGCCCGCUUUAUAUCAACCUUGAAAUUAGAUGGGACACCAUUGGGUGACAGAUGCAUGGCUUCCCAAGUAACAAGUUGUGAUACGAAAAUGAAGUACCGUACUAUCGAUGGAAGUUGCAAUAACAUCAAAAAUCCUAGCUGGGGCAGUGCCAUGACGGCAUAUACAAGAAUUCUCUUUCCACAAUAUUUCGAUGGCAUUCAAGAACCACGGACCAUCGGACAGACCAAGAAACCAUUGCCAAGUGCGAGAACAGUUAGUGCAUCGGUGGUUGGUUAUAAUGGACAAUCCGAUAUCACCAAAACCCUUGCCGUCAUGCAAUGGAGCCAGUUCAUUUCUCACGAUAUGGUACACACUCCUGUCCGCAGAAUGGUUUCAUCAGGAAAACCAAUUUCUUGUUGCCAAGCGGAUGGAAAUGCUUUAUCUCCUCGUCAUGUCCAUCCAGAUUGUGCAGCCAUCACUGUACCUGAUAAAGAUCCUGUAUAUGGCACUCAAUACGUUAGAUGUAUGAAUUAUGUACGUUCCUUGCCAGUUUUGAAAUCGGAAUGUACUUUUGGACCCUUGGAACAAAUGAAUCAAGUGACUCACUUUCUGGAUGGGUCCACGAUUUACGGAUCUGUUUUAACGAAGUCUCGUGAGUUACGAGAAUUCCAAGGUGGUAGAUUACGGGUAGAUGUUCGUAAUGGUCAUGAAUUUUUACCAUCAGAAAGUGAUGCUGAAGUUACUUCUCAAUGUAAAGGAAGCUGUUACGAUUCUGGUGACGAUCGUGUCAACGUUUAUCCUCAGCUGGCUGUACUACACACAAUUUGGCAUCGUGAACAUAACCGCAUUGCUAGGAAACUUGCUGAAUUGAAUCCUAGCUGGACAGAUGAAAUCCUGUAUCAGGAAACUAGACGUAUUGUCAUUGCUGAAAUUCAGCAUAUCACUUAUAAAGAAUGGUUGCCCAUUUUAUUGGGCAAAAUGAGUGUUCGACCCUUAGGGCUAUCUUUUGGUACUGGUUAUAACAGAAGAUAUGAUUCUGAAGAUAAUCCUGCAGUUACCAAUGAAGCAGCUACUGCAGCCCUACGAUUCUUGAAUUCACUUAUGCAAGGAAGACUUAUUUUACCAGAUAAUUCUCGUCUAAAUGCUAAGUCGUUAGAAUUGUCAGAAUAUUUCUUUAAUCCUCGAGUGAUCGAAUCCGCUGAAGUAUUUAACGGUUUACUUCUUGGUCUUUCAACUCAAACUAGUCAGAAGAUGGACAUAAGUUUCAUUCCUGAGAUUACAAGUAAAUUAUAUACUAAGAAUAAGAACGAUCUUGGUUUGGAUGCCAUUAGUUUAGACAUACAACGUGGUCGUGAUCAUGGUUUGCCUGGAUAUAAUUAUUAUAGAAAACAUUGUGGAUUACCAGUUGCCAAAAAUUUCCAUGAUUUCCUCGAUUACAUUCCUGUCGAGCUCGUUAACAAAUUGCGCUCGGUUUAUAAUCAUCCUAAUGAUGUGGAUCUUGUAAUCGGUGGUAUGGCAGAACGAUCAGCCAAUGAUGGACUCCUUGGUCCCACUUUCAGAUGUUUGAUUAUGGAACAAUUUGCGAGAACACUUAGAACAGACAGAUUCUUCUAUGAUUCAGCUAUACAACCAUAUCCUUUCACACCAGAUCAAUUGGCAGAAAUACGCAACGUAACUUUAGCAAGAAUAUUCUGCGAUAAUGGGGAUAACAUUGAAAACAUGCAACCAAAUGUUUUCCUUAAACCACAAGAAGGAAAUGAAGUCCGUUCUUGUAACGAUUUCGAAGCAAUACCAAGUAUGGAUCUAUUUGCAUGGGCCGAGAAGGCUAAAGCUUAUCGUUGAACAAAUUUAUUAAUUGGCUGGUCACAUUACCGCGCGUAGCGCCGGCUCAUCCAUGAACAAGGUUGGGCUUGGCGAAAAGAAAUCAAAAUGUAGAGAAAGAGAGCCGUGAUUGUGAUGUUAUUGAGAUCUUCGUUGAUGUCAUUGUGGUGAUACGUGUCUUACGUUUCCAAUGGAGUGUGUUGUUUCCUCAGAUUUUAUUUAAAUCGAGGAUGUACAAUAUAUUAUGAUGGUCGCGCUAACUUGGUUCAGGAUGAAGCGGUUGCUAAUGUUAGUGCGAUAAUUAAAAAGAAUACAAAAAAAAAACACGAGUAUACGGUGAAAAAGCACGUGACUAGUCGAUUAAAAAGAGAGGAGGAAUAUUCAGCAAUGAAGAGAAGCUGAGAUAAGAAGAACAAAUAUAUAAGUUCACUAGUUUAUCCAAAAAAGUGGAUUAUAAUAAUAUAAUACUUAUCGUAGGAAGAAACAAUUUUUCAUUGCAUUUCAUUGCGAAAAUAAUUGUAUUAUUCGAAUUGAGAACUAUUUGCUACAUCAGAACAUUAUUUACGCGUGUUAAUCAUUUAAUAAUAAUAAUAUAAGAAAUAGCAAUACGAAAGAGUGCGCGUGCAUCUAA